GUUUAAUGUUUAUACAUUAGUGCUGUAUCUAAGUACAAAAUAACGAUGCUAAAUCUUUACUGCAACAUUUAGUCCAAUUCAACGUUAUUGCAAUACAACGCGAACCCUUUUCAUUAAUACUAAAUCUACUUACACGAAUGAUGACUUUGAACAAUAACGAAAAAGAAAAUUCUGAACCAGUACCAAAUGGACAAAUUACACAAGGAAAUCCAAAGAAACUGAAGAAGACGAAAAGAUGUCGAAAACGCCUAUCGCAGCUUCUACAUACUCACGUGGUUCUAAUCACAGUCUGCGUACUCAGCGCCCUGGACGCAGGUUGUGUUCUGGGACAAAUCAUAUGCGAUAUACUCAUUAUGUCAGAAAAAUUACACACAAGUGAUACUUUAAAGGGCGAAGCAUUGGAAGUGUUAAUGAAAGUAUGUCCCGAGGCUAACUAUUCCACGCCGCAUGCGCAUUCACCUACCCUGGAGGAGGUCAUGCAAAGCGUUAAGAAACAUUCUUGUUAUGCAACAAACACAUCGACAAAUCACAUUCACAAUGGUCAUCACAGAGUCGUCUUUCAAAAUGAAUUCGCCAGCAGACAAAUGGAACAUCACAGAUCCAGGCGAGCCGCCUCUGCUUCCGAUGGUCACGCUCAUACAGAGCACACUCUGUUAGAACACCUUACCCACGCCUUCCACCUCGGGAGUCUGGUCAUUCUAUCACUUCUUGUGUUUGAGACUUUCCUAAAAAUAUUUGCCAUGGGAAGCCACUUCCUCAAUCACAGACUGGAGGUGUUUGACGCUUUCGUUGUUACGGUGUCCUGGAUACUAGACCUGUCGUUUUAUGAGGGAAUCUGGGCUCAACCAGGAUCAGAGGCAGCAACUAUUCUCAUUAUCAUUUUACCCUGGAGAGUUAUAAGGAUAGUCAAUAGUUUUGUUCUCGUGAUCAAAGAAAAAGACUUAGUGAUACUUAAAAUUAUCAAACAGCAAUAUAGACGACUGGUGAAAAGGGGGAAAGAACUAAACAACAAGUUAGAACAAUACAGAAUUGAGCUCCGUCAGUUACAAGGAUUAUGUCGCAAGCGUGGGGCCACAGAGCCAGAAAUAUUUGCCUGUGCACCAUUGGGUAAACGUCGGAGAAGUAGCGUGAUGUCGGGGAUGUCUAGCUUCGCCUCCAUAGCUAUGAUAGGAGCGAUGGGCAGUCAGCCUGAUUUAGCUCGAGAAUCGUCCUCCGAUGAGGAUGAUGACAUCACAUCGCCUACCCCUUCCCAGGUUAAACAAGCUAACCAGCUGUUAAGAUCCAUUUCCACAUCGAGUACUUUCACAGAUGGUGGAAUGUCAGAUACCGUUACCUUCUCUUUGUCGCCGGAUCCAACCAGUGCCAUUGGCCAAUCCAAUCCUGUAUUUACCUAUGACGUAGAUGUUCCAUCAAUAACCUCCAACAAACAGGGGGAUUCUACAAAACUGUAAAGAUAUAACUUUUGUGCUUUCUGUGAUACACUUUUGGAUUCAAGGUUAUUGUUACAUGUAUAUCUCUGUUUUCAAGACCUCAAUAAAUUUUGAAAACCAACAACUAUGGGGCAAAUGCAGUGUACCUAAAUAAAACUAAUAUAUUAUUGCUAAUACUCUCCGUACAUGUCCCGGGACCAAACACUAUUAGCUUUGUCAAACCGAUAACUAGGCCUAUAGGUUGUGACUGUUCUCCCGCCAAACGUUCGGCAUAAUAUUUUGAAGUGAAAGUUCUGUCUUUCAGAUGAUAUCUUAAAGUCGCCUUUACUACGACCCUGAGAGUCAUGUAAACGUCAUAGUUUGUGUUAGGUCAUGUGUGAAUGAUACUCAAAUGACUUGUAAAACGACCCAAACACAUUGCGUGGCCUUCAAGCCUUCCUUUUUAUCCAGCACUGUCAGUUCCUCAAUAAUAAACCAUGUCUGUUUUUAUCAACCAGUAUAUACAAUCGGUUCUUUAGGAUUUUCAGGCAAUAAGCGAGGGUGGCAUUAUAAGGGGGGGGGGGGGGCAUUAUAUCGAGGGAGCACUGUAGUUAGUUGCUCCAUAGCCUUGAUUUUCGUGAUACAUGUAAGAUCGUGACACACAAUCACGUCACGGAGUAGGCAAGUCAAAAUCGUGCUUUCGAUGACAAUGAAAUUCUCGCUAUGCUGUCACAAGCUACACGGUCAUGGAGACUGGAAAUCAGAUGCAGUCAUUUAACGUAAAAUCAAGAGGAUUAUACAAGAUAGACAUUCUAUCUUAUUUACCGUACCUAUAUGUUAUAGAAAAACUUACAGCGAUACAUUGCUGGAUCCAGUAAUUGCUGUAUCCAGUCCCCCCUCCCCCAUCGUUGUUCCUCACAGAAAUAUUAACUGCAUUGACGAAGAAACUUCAGACAUAAUGUACCGCAACUUAUGCGAGAAGUGGUGUACGAAAAUCAAAGAAACCUUUCCCAUAUCAACAGCAUCAAAACGACUGACGUUUCAACACUUUAUAUACUACCAUUCCUUACGAUAUGUUAAAGACUUGACAUCACAGACAACAGUUACAUGUACUGCUUUUUCAAUGAAAAUGGGACAAAGAAGUAUCCAUGUCUAGUGAUCAGUCAUUCCAAAAUUGAUUUGUUACACACCACUCUAAUUCUACGUACUCUGAAGAUGAUAUUAAAAAGAUGUUGGAGUUCCUCAUUGACAAUAUCGAAGUGAUCUUUUGGAAUUCCUAUGGGCACGAAUUGUGGUCCCUAUUUGGUUUUAUAUUCUUAUAGAAAGAAUCUAAACAUUUAGAUAUAUUGAUUAUAGGAGUGUAUUUUUCAUUCAUAUGUUGAUUCGAUAUAUCCCAGUGAGAUCGAAAUAAAAGACACCAUAAAGUC